GGCAGGAGAAAAAUCCUCAAACUAGGCACAUCACAAGGCGUCGGCGACUCGUUUACAGCCCACCUGUCAUCCACAGCGAACAGAAAAUCAAGCCCGACGAUACUCUCUCACAGCAUCUCAUUCAGAACAUCCCAACUCACACAUGAACCCAAACCAGCGCUUGCAAGGACCCAUUCCUCUCCACCACCCCAGAUCCAGCGCCUUAUGCUUCUCGAUAGGCCUAUACCAAAGUCUCAACGGGAUUUUGGUGCACUCCCGGACGUUUCGGUUACGUGUUCAAGUGGUGACUUCGUGGUCCGUGUCAAACGGGAUUUUUAUGGUUUUGAUGCGGACGCGGAUGAGUUGAUCCUGGGAAGCACCUGCAAGAGUAACGGUGUUCUCAUGCCUUAUGGUGACUUACUCUUCUCUUAUCCAUUGAUGGAGUGUGAUGGCAAACGCGAGGUAAGAUUGUUGGUGAUUAAACUGAUAGUGUUGUUGGCAUUAACUUUCUUGCUUGUAUGAAAUGAUAACAUUUGAACCUGCUCACUGACAGAUGCCACCGGGUUAUCUCAUCUAUAAAUUCGUGCUCCAUUACACGCCUCUGACCCGGUUCCCACGCAGAGCGCAUCGCAUCAACGUGGAGGUCGAGUGUCGGUUUCAAAGGUUAGUCGCCUCAUAAUUUAAUGAUGCAACUAUAUUGUGGAUAUCACUAUAACCCGAGAAACCACCUCCCUCUGCACAGGUAUCAUCAUGUUUAUCAGCUGGCGGUGCGCCCUACAUGGGAAACACCCACGGUGCUUAAAAGGCUAAAGGGGCGCACUGAUGACUUCCGAAUCCAGCUGAUGGACGGUGAGGAUCAUUUUCUGGUUGGUUAUGGGUGGUUAAAGAUUUUUUAUAAUCAUUUUUAAUGCAACACAAACCACUUGUGAAAUGUUUUGACAUAUUCAGCAAUAUGUGUGUUUUGUUUGUCUUUUAGAUGCAUGGGCCAUGCCAGCCAAGUACCAGGUGUACAUGCUGGGACAGACCAUUAAUUUCCAGGUUUCUGCACUUCACCUACCCCAUGGAGGAAAGCUUUUCAUCAACCACUGCUACGCCACAACAUCUAAACUCUCCAAGACAGCCCUCAAGUUCACUGUCAUUGACAACUUUGGGUAUGUAUGCAUGGCGAACAGAGGUUCCUUUGGGUUGCACCUGAUAAUGACUCAGUUAGGAGGAAUGUAAACCUACACACAUUAUGCUGACCUGAGUGCAAACCCAUUGUUCUCUGAUCCACAGUUGCAUGCUGGAGAGCCAGAAGAACCCUGGUGGCUCUCAGUUUGUCUCCCCCAGGACUGAUGACACCCUCCGGUUCUUCCUCAGCGCCUUCCAGUUCACCUCUGACCCAGACACACCGGUGAGCAUUGGAGACUUGUACCCUAUCACUGAAUCUCAAUCACUGGACUUUUCUGUUGCAUUUAUGCGAAUAAACAGGGUUGUUUAUUGUAAAGAAGCAAACAAAUUGCGGCCUUUGAGCAAAAAAAUUGACAUGAAUUUGUCAAUUUCCUGUAUCAGAGGUAAUCUUUUAUCUCCUCUAGGUCUUCCUUCACUGUAAACUGCAUGUGACAUCAGAGGAAACCGGCCCCAUGCACAAGUCCUGCACAUACCACGAGAACAGGUAUGCUGGUACAAUUAAGAUGUUGCACUGUGGGAAAUGUAGUCUGCUGUUGAACUUCCUCCUUGCACUCAAGACCUUUACAUCCCUACCUACCUUUCUUGCGCUAACACUUGCCUUUUCUUACUGACUUUGCAGAUGGCUGCUUUAUUGAGGAAAAGUUUUACUUACUAUGUCUGAGAUGUGGUUGUCGUCGUACCAAGAAAACUUAAGAUGAAUGCAUUAACUGUAAAUCGCUCUGGAUAAAAGCGUCUGCUAAAUGACAAAUGUAAGUAGUCUCUUUGAUACCUGUUCUGUAGGUGGAAAGCUGUCAUGGGAGAGGAUUCCAUCUGUGACUGCUGUGACUCCAAAUGUGUGACACCCAAACCCAGAAGAGCCAUGGUGGAGGGUAAGUGACUCAACCUAACAACCCAUAAUCACUCUGUUUGGGUAUACAGCACUGACAUCUCCCUUGUGCUCAAAUAGGCCAUGGUGACGAUGAGGUAGUUAUGAGGCCUCCAGUAGUGAUGACACUUCUAACCCUGUUGAUUUCCAUAUCCUGUAGGGUUUGCCAACAGCGGGCCUCUACUGCUCUUAGAUCAGCCGUCCGCACCGAAGGGUGGUUUCCCACCAGUCAGUCCCUCACUAGUCGAUGAAGACGUUGUCUGGUUUGAGACCAGAAUGGAUGAGUUUGACAACCCAGAUGAUCUACUGGAAACCUUUGAUAUGGAGAAGUAUCGUGAUAAGGAAGAGCAGAGCUACACUCAUUCCAAGGAGAAGCAACAUAUAGAGGAGGAUGAAGCGGUGCCGUUGGAGGGUGAGGAGUCAGAGGUGGUUCAGACAGUGUUUAGAAAGGGGAAGAUAUUUGAGCGUACACAGGGGUCAGGUGUGAGGGAUUCAGAGUUGAAAAGGGGAGAGGGUGCAGAGUUGAGAGAGAGGAGUCCAUGGGAAAGGGAGGGAUCAGUGUUGACCGAGGAGGGCUCCAUUGAAAGGCAAUGGAUGCAUCCACAGGAGGAGUCCUCCUCCCUGGGAUCAGGGAUGGGGGAAAAGUCUGUAUCACAGGAAGAGGGUGUUUCACAGUCCAUGAAGGAAUGGGGAUUUAGGGUGGGUGAGGAGCAGCCACUGGAGAUUCCUGAGGAUGAGGGGAAGGAAGGUAGAGAGGAGUCUGGGGGAACAGAUGAGGAUGACAAGUUUCCACUCUUCUCGGAGGCUGGUGAGGAGGUUAUCCUUUGUGAUUAUGAUGGACUGGUAGAGUCCGGGAUUGACUGUGGGAAAAACUUGCCCAGUGUUUGGCAUUUCAAGUGGCAA